CUUCACUCACUGCUGCACUUCGUCUUUCUCCUCUUCUUUACGAACGGUUUAUAGCUCACAAGUAUCCUUUGUAUCCCUUCUCUCAGGAUAUCAUGACUAGUUCUUCUUCUACUCCGGAUAUCGCCUCGCUGUCGCUCUCUUCCCGGCCAUCCCUUCAACGUUUACACGAUACUUACGAUUACGACGGCAGCGGCAGCGGUAACGGUAGACCUCAGUAUCAUUUUCAAACUUCCCCUGCUAUCGCAGGCCAGCCCCAGUACAACCCUCUCGGCAUGAGUCAGUCUCCCCUGAAGAACAAGCCUGCUCGCGGCGGCCUCCCUUCUCAAUGGCUCGAAAACCCCUCCCUUUUCAGCGACAACCGCUCUCUUUCGCCCCCCAACACCUCGGAUCUCUCGUCUGGUGGAGGCUCCCCUCCUCUCUCUAACAUGGGUACGCCUCUCAACAUGGCAGGCCUUCCCGGCCAGGCCUUCGAUGACGAGAUUAUACCCACCGCCAUCGUUAUCAAGAACAUCCCUUUUAAUGUUAAGCGCGAGACUCUCUUGGACAUCAUCGCAUCUUUGUCCAUUCCUACCCCGUAUGCCUUCAAUUACCAUCUUGACCAGUCAGGCUCUUUCCGUGGCUUGGCUUUCGCCAAUUUUAGACAGGCGUCCGAUGCUGAUGCCGUCGUUGCUGCCUUGAACGGCUUCGACGUUCAAGGCCGCAAGCUGCGUGUCGAGUACAAAAAGGUGCUCCAGGCCGGAGAGAAAGAACGCAUUGAGCGCGAGAAGGCCAUCCGCCGCAUGCGGUCUAUGCAGCUUGAGAAGGAGCAGCUAUCCGUCCAACAAGGUGUCCCGCAGCAGCACUAUGACGAUUUUGGUCCCAUCAUUGCCCCGACCUUCAGUCCUCAACGCUCCUUUUCCGCAAGCGCCGCUUCUUACCAGCCUCAACAGCAGCAGUAUUCGCCACCCAACCCGCCUCCCAUGCCAGUUCCCCAGCCCUACGGGGUGCAGACACCGCCUCCGAUGAUCCCAUCCACUCCAAGCUCUUCAAGCAAGUCAUCGGCUAACGAGCUUGAUUUGAACGACCCCUCUACCCUAGACAUCUAUUCGCGUAUUCUCUUGUUCAAGGACGAUCACAUGCGCGACGAGCUCGCAUUCUCCAGGACUUUAACCCCCAAACAGAGGAGGAUCGUGCAUCUUAUCGCUCAGAAGCUCGGAGUGUAUCACUAUUCUAUCGGCGAAGGUGAAGAACGUCAUGCGGUCGUUACCCGCAUUGACCCAGAAAAGAGACAACAGUCCUCUCACCAUCCUGGCUUGACGCGCACCCCUUCUGCAUACCUGUCUCCCACAUCGUCCUCUCCGUUGUCGCAGACUCUCCGUGCGAAGAAGUCUAUGCCAGAUAUGAAGACUCUCCAUACCCAGGCUCCGCGCCUGAACACUCGUUCUUCCAAUGGCAACAUACGCGAAGGCUAUGCGACGAUCGCAUCACCAUCGCGUCGUUCUCCAGGGGGCUUUGGUGCUCUCUUCGGUCAGUCUCUUGGUUUCGGGAGCUCCAUCCCUCCCGUCCCUAGCCUCCCCGCUAGUGUGAGCGGCAUGGUCAACAAUAACGACAGACUCGAGAGUCCCACCAGCGGUGUUGUUCGGCAGCCAAGGGGCCCUGGGGUCUCCGGCUUUGGGACCAGGCGCGAGCGUGUGGUGGUGAGCGAGAGUCAGUCUCGUGGCUUCGAGGCUCAGUCGCACCAGCCUCUGGAGAUGUGAAACGCCUGCAGUGCGGUGCGGGAUAAUGGAGAUAAGUGAUCCAAUCUAAUAGGUUUCGAAGAACGAUUGCUUGCCGACUACAUCGAUUAAUGGCUUUUCGUUCAUGAGGCUUUUCUUAUUCCUCUCAAUCGCGUCGUGAUCCCAGUCAUUCUAGUUCAUCCUACGCUGCGUUUAAAUCAUCUUGUAUAACUCUUGAAUCCGAUCGCAUCGCUUCAGCCCUGAAGAUUAACUUCCCCUCCUUUGCUUGACUCUUUUCAUGUGUUUUCUAUUUCACUCAGCCCAAUACAUUGCAGCGCAAGAUAAAAAGUCACUAGCUCUUCCUCAUUUCUUACCAACGUCUGCUCGGUUGCUCGUUAUAUAUAUAUAUCAUACCUUCAUGUCUACAUUCUCGAUAUCUAUGCUUUCUUCUCCGAUUGUGUACGACUGAAUAAUAGAGAAUUGGUGUACAUGCUUUUCCCCACU